AUGGAUAGCUUUCACAUCUCAACGGCUCUCCCGAGAUGUGGUCAAAGUGCCCCCGAUGAUACCUUAUAUGAUACCUUUCAUCGGCCAUGCGAUAAGCUUCGCAUUCAAUCCUGCCAGAGCUCUUGCCAGAACCGAGUCGGUACCCCUCCCAGGUCCCUUACGUACCUGCUAACGUUUUUGGGCAUUUGCAGUCGAAAAUAUGGACCACGAACAGUCCACGGCGUUAAGAUUUUGGGAUACAACGUAUACUUUAUUUACAAGCCAGAAAAUGUUGCACAAUUAUGGAAAUACCCUACAACAAUAACAACGCCAGGUGUCUCCACAUUUGUGCUGAAAACUCUCUUUGGCAUGGCACCUAAGGCGUACAGUAUGUACACCUUGGACGAUUCUGGUCUUUUGCCAAAGCCAAGGCCAGGCAGUCACAUCGCGCCGAAGAAUCGCAUAGACCAUCUGACACAUGCUAGCUUUCACAAGCACUUGUUGGGAAAAGGCCUCCCAAUACUUUAUAGGAACUUCGCUGCCGCUCUCAUGUGUCGUCUUCCCUCGCUUGCGAUCCAGGACGAAUGGAAACAAUUUCCUGAUAUGAUGGAUUUCUGGUUGCCCCCAAUGACAUCUGCCAUGAACGAAGCGAUCGCUGGGCCGAUUCUUGAAUGCGUCAAUCCCAGUUUCACGCGUGACUUGUUGAGAUACUACCCGUAUCUUCAUGGUUUGAUGAAAGGGUUCCCAAGAUGGUGCUUUCCGGAGCCGUAUCGAUUGCGAGAAGGGCUCAUUCGAGAUGUAAAAAGGUGGCAUGCUAUCGCAAGGGCGUGUUUUCAAGAAAGUCAUGUUGAUAAAGAAACAGGAUGUGACCCUUGGUGGGGAUCCGCGUUCGUCAGGGAGCGCCAAAGCAUCCUGGGAAACGUUGACAAUUGGGAUUACGACUCCCUUGCAUCGUCAGACUUUGGUCUUCUCUGGGGAGCAAGUGUCAACAUCCAUCCUAUGGCCAUCUGGAAUAUCAUCGAAGUUUUCAAGGACAAGGUCUUACUGUCCAGGCUUCGGGCAGAGCUUACCGCGGCAAACUUCCAAGGCAUCACGACAGACGAGGACGUUGAAAAGCUGACAGCUAUCCCACUGCUACAAUCGAUAUACUCAGAGCUACUGCGUCUACGUAUCGAGAUACAGACUGUUUUCUCAAGCGACAAAGAAGAUAUCCGCAUCAACGAGUGGCGACUCCCAAGGAACAGUCUUGUGAUUGUCCCUGCUGGUGCUGCCCACAAAGAUCCCACUUUCUGGAACACCAGAAAUGGUGAAUACCCUCUCGAUCGUUUCUGGGCAGAUAGGUUCUUGGCUUAUCCUAGUGAUACAAAAAGUGGCCCGAGGAAAACGGAUAGGACCAAUGGAGCCAAAGACGGGAUAGUGGCAACGAAAACCGCACAAGAGGACGAAAAGCCGAAAUUUGUCACCUCCGGCUUAGUAAACUCUUAUAUGCCCUAUGGUAUAGGAGAAAGAACCUGUCCGGGGCGUGGCUUGGCUCGGCGGGAGAUUCUCACGUUUUGCGCGUUGAUUGUUGACCAAUUUGAUAUCGAAAUACUCUCCAAGGAGAAAGACUUCGAAGUAACUACAGCAUUUUACGGGACAGGAACCCAGCGUCCACGAAACAAGAUUCCGUUCAAGAUCCGGAAGAGGAAACGCGAUUAG